AUGAAUCAAUUUAUGGCCUUUGCCGAGAUAUGUGCGGUCAAAAAUCAACCUUAUAUUCUUCAUGGAUUCACCGACGGACGAGAUGUGUCUACACACGCAGCUAAAGAGGAUUUCAGAAAAGUUAUGGAUGUAGUAAAUAGAACCGGCGGACAAAUAGGGGUAUUGUCUGGUAGAUACUUUGCGAUGGAUCGUGACAAAAACUGGGAUAGGGAGGAGAAGGUAUUUACCUAUUUGACCGGACAAGACAGAACAAGAACCUUUGAUGAUCCCAUUCAGUAUAUACAGCAAAAUUAUGACCAUGGGGUCACAGAUGAAUUCAUUGAACCUGCAAUAUCUAGCAAAGGUGCAAACUUAAUUAUUGAAGACAAUGAUGUGGUUGUAUUUCUAAAUUUCAGACCAGACAGAGCAAGACAACUGUCACACAUGCUUGUGGGUUCUAAAAAUCUGUAUGACUAUGUUCCUUCAAAGGUCUUUAAAAAUGUCGCUCUCUUUUCCAUUAUGGAGUACGAGAAGAUAAAUACAACCAACGUUCUUUUCCCACCUUUCGACAUAAAGAAUUCAAUCGGAGAAGUGGUGUCUAAAGCCGGACUUACUCAAUUGAGAAUCGCUGAAACCGAGAAGUAUCCGCACGUCACUCAUUUUUUUGAUGGCGGCAAGACCGUGGAGUACCAUGGAAUGAAGAAGAUUCUCAUUCCUUCUCCAAAGGUUGCCACCUAUGACCUUAAGCCGGAAAUGUCCUCCGAAGGAGUUGGUGAGGCUCUUCUUGGGGAGUUGGAUAAGGUGGAUCUCGUAAUACUAAACUUUGCCAACCCAGAUAUGGUUGGACACAGCGGAUCUUUACCUGCUACCAUUAAGGCUUGUGAAGCAGUGGAUUAUCAACUUGGACGAAUCUACAAGAGAAUUAAGGAGUUAGGUGGAGUUCUUGUUGUGAUCGCCGACCACGGAAAUGCAGAGGUGAUGAUCAAUGAGGAUGGAUCUCCACAUACAGCACACACCACUAACCUUGUUCCAAUCAUAGUGUGCAAGGAAGGUGUUGAAUUAGCUGAGGGAGGAAUAUUAGGAGAUGUCUCUCCCACAUUGUUGCAUCUUCUUGGAGUUAAGCAGCCUCAGGAGAUGACUGGCAAAUCCCUAAUUCUCAGUAGAUAA